GGGACGUGCCCAAUUGAGGGGGAAGGGCAGGCAGCAGCCUGGCACCAGCAUGAGUGAGGAAUGUGACUAGUUCUUGGUUGCUAACGACUUCCGCCCCCGGGGCAGGGAGUUGUUUGCGAGGAGGCGGGUGACAGGAGAACGAGAGGCGUCUCAUUCGGUUAAGGGUCCUUAAAUGACCCUGCCCUGGUUCCCAGGCCCUCCAGUGGAGACAGGACACACGGGGCCCCCCUGCACCCCGGUCAACUGUGCCCCAGCCAGCAGGGAGAAGAGCAAGCCCAAGGACCCAGAUGCAAACGGCUUUGAUGCCAUCCCAGUCUGCAAUGCCAAGCUGAGCCACCCCACCACCACGCGGCCCAAAAUGCCAGGCAGGAAGCCGCCCAGCCAGCCGCCGCCUCGCUCGCCGCAUGCGAAGGAGCCCCCGGCCCCACCCAAGAGCAGCGUCCCAGCCAGGGACCCGGAGAGCCCGGCUGACCCCCCCAAGGCGCAGGAGAAGCUGUCCCUGGAGGAGCUGAUGGCUGAGAUCCGGUCCCUGCGGAUCCUGAUGGACCUGAUGAGGGUGCAGCACCAGAAGGACGUGGAGGAGCUCAAGACGGAAAUGAAGGCGGAGCAGGCCAAGCGCAUGGUGCUGCAGGUGGAAAUCGAGAGCAUGAAGCGGAUGCCUGCCCUGGAAGCCGUGGGUGAGGCGGGAGCAGGAGCAGCUGGGUCGGGCAGUGACGGGGAGGAGCUGCCGGCCCUGCUGUGAUGUCCGCUGUGUGCCUGCCUCUUUCUGCACCCUCUGCCGGGGCUGUUGAACUUGCAAGAGAGUCGCUGGCCACCGAUUCCCCUUCGUGUAU